GUAUGUAUAUGCAUGUAUGUUUAAAGCAGAGAGAAAAAUAGAGCAAACCAGAGAGGAAAGCUGCUUCCUCUCCAUACCCACACAACCACGCACCUGGGAUUUUCUCUCUGUUUCCUUCCCGCAUCUUUUCGAAAUCCAACCGUCCCCACGACCCAUCUUGAUUGUUCUUCGUAAUCCUCUGUACACUUUCAAGAUUUCGCCUUGAGAACUUGUUUCGUUCCCACGUUCUUUGUCGAACUUCUUUCGAAGUUCACAUUUUUUUUGUGAACUUGUUUCCUUGAGUUCUGAGAAGUUCUUUGUGGGUUUCUUUUUGGCUGUCGAUCGGAGUUCUAGUCGGCUCUUGACUGAAAAUCUGAAGUGGCUUCACUUCUUUUCUGAGGAAGAUGUCACAGCAUUCUCGGGUCCCUCCUUCUUUCCUGUCAAUCAAAUCAUUGCCUGGGGAGUUUCGGUUCUCAGGUUCUCCAUCUUCUGAACGCCUUGAAAAACCUGAUGAUGGGAAUUUGGGAAACAUUCAUGUAAUCUCAUCUAUUAUUUCUGAGAAUGGUGAUCCAGGGGAUGGGGCUGUUCAGGGAGUUGAGGGUUCUAUCGGUGAGAUGGAUCAGGUUAUUGAGGAUUCACCAUAUGGUGGGAAUGCAGUAUCAGUUGAAUACAGGCCCUUGAUGGGUGAUGAAGAUUUGGAUUCAGUGGCUUCGCAUUUGCCUUCAAUAUCUGCAUCUCAUAGUGAUCGUAGGUGGGGUGACACCACCUCCUAUGCUGCAAAGAAGAAGCUUCAAUCUUGGAUUCAACUUCCAAAUGGGAAUUGGGAGCUUGGGAAGAUUUUAUCAACUUCUGCACUCGAGUCUGUUGUAUCAAUGUCUGAUGGGAGAGUUUUAAAUGUAAAAACUGAAAGCUUGGUACAAGCAAAUCCUGAUAUACUUGAUGGUGUAGAUGAUCUCAUGCAGCUAAGUUAUUUAAAUGAACCGUCAGUGUUAUACAAUCUUCAGUAUAGAUACAAUCGAGAUAUUAUAUAUACGAAAGCAGGUCCUGUUUUGGUUGCUAUAAAUCCCUUCAAGAAAGUUCCUCUAUAUGGAAAUGAUUACAUUGAAGCAUAUAAGUGCAAAUCUAUUGAGAGCCCACAUGUGUAUGCCAUUACGGACACAGCUAUGCGGGAAAUGAUAAGGGAUGAAGUAAAUCAAUCUAUCAUUAUAAGUGGUGAAAGUGGAGCUGGGAAAACUGAGACAGCAAAGAUUGCGAUGCAAUAUUUGGCUGCCCUUGGUGGUGGAAGUGGAAUAGAACAUGAAAUACUUAAGACUAAUCCGAUUUUAGAAGCUUUUGGUAAUGCGAAAACAUCGAGAAAUGACAACUCAAGUCGCUUUGGAAAGCUGAUUGAAAUUCACUUCAGUGAAACUGGAAAAAUAUCUGGUGCCAAUAUUCAAACUUUUUUGCUGGAAAAGUCUAGAGUGGUCCAAUGCACUGAAGGAGAGAGAUCGUACCAUAUCUUUUAUCAGCUUUGUGCUGGGGCUCCUGCUGCGCUACGGGAGAAAAUAAACUUGAAGAGUGCAGACGAGUAUAAAUAUCUGAGGCAAAGUGAUUGUUAUUCAAUUACCGGGGUUAAUGAUACCGAACAAUUUCACAUUGUUGUGGAAGCUCUGGAUGUUGUCCAUGUUAAAAAAGAAGAUCAACAGAGUGUAUUUGCAAUGCUUGCUGCUGUCUUGUGGCUAGGAAACAUCUCAUUUACCGUGAUUGAUAAUGAAAACCAUGUUGAAGCUGUGGCAGAUGAAGGUCUAUAUAAUGCUGCUAAAUUAAUUGGAUGUGACAUUGGGGAGCUUAAGUUAGCUUUGUCAACUCGCAAGAUGAGGGUUGGGAGUGAUAGUAUUGUCCAAAAGCUAACAUUAUCACAGGCCAUUGACACAAGAGAUGCAUUAGCAAAGUCAAUUUAUGCUUGUUUGUUUGAGUGGCUGGUUGAACAAAUCAACAAAUCUCUUGCAGUUGGCAAAAGGCGUACUGGCAGAUCCAUUGGCAUUCUUGAUAUCUAUGGCUUUGAAUCAUUUGAUAGGAAUAGCUUUGAACAGUUCUGCAUAAAUUAUGCAAACGAGAGAUUGCAGCAACACUUUAAUCGUCAUCUGUUCAAGUUGGAACAAGAGGAAUAUAUCCAAGAUGGCAUUGACUGGACAAAAGUUGAUUUUGAAGACAAUCAAGAUUGUCUUAGUCUUUUUGAAAAGAAACCAUUGGGGUUAUUAUCCCUGUUAGAUGAGGAGUCAACUUUCCCAAAUGGCACUGAUCUGACCUUUGCCAAUAAGCUUAAGCAGCAUCUGAAUUCUAAUUCUUGUUUCAGAGGAGAACGAGGAAAAGCCUUUUCUGUCUGUCACUAUGCGGGGGAGGUAAUGUAUGACACAACCGGAUUUCUGGAGAAGAACAGGGAUUUAUUGCAUCUAGAUUCAAUCCAACUCUUGUCAUCAUGCUCUUGCCAACUUGCUCAGACAUUUGCUUCCAGUAUGCUUACACAAUCUGAGAAACCUGCAGCUGGUCCUUCAUAUAAAUCCGGUGGAGCAGAUUCCCAAAAGCUAAGUGUUGCGACAAAAUUUAAGGGUCAAUUAUUCAAACUGAUGCAACGCCUAGAGAGCACCACACCUCAUUUCAUACGUUGUAUCAAGCCCAAUAACCUCCAGUCUCCUGGCUUGUAUGAACAAGGUCUUGUUCUGCAGCAGUUAAGAUGUUGUGGAGUCCUAGAAGUAGUUCGAAUAUCAAGAUCUGGCUUUCCCACAAGAAUGUCCCACCAGAAGUUUGCCAGAAGAUAUGGUUUUCUUCUGCUGGAGAAUGCUGCAUUCCAGGAUCCGCUAAGUGUUUCAGUUGCAAUUCUUCAUCAGUUCAAUAUCUUGCCUGAAAUGUAUCAAGUGGGCUACACAAAGUUGUUUUUUCGAACUGGACAGAUUGGGGUCCUGGAGGAUACAAGAAACCGUACCCUCCAUGGCAUUUUACGGGUUCAAAGCUGCUUCAGAGGGUAUCAAGCACGCCGUUACCUCAAGGAACUCAGGAGAGGAAUUGCCACUCUUCAGUCAUUUGUUCGAGGAGACAAAACCAGAAGCGAAUAUGCAGUAUUGCUACAGAAACACAGAGCUGCUAUUAUAAUACAAAAGCAGAUUAAAGGCAGGAUUGCAAUGAGAAAACUGAAGAGCAUACAUGAUGCAUCACUUCGGAUACAAUCGGUUGUUCGUGGCUUUCUUGUCAGAAAAUUCUCAGGAGAUAUAGGACUGCUAAAAUCUGUGGGCACGAAGGCUAACGAGUCAGAUGAGGUGGUGGUGAAGUCUUCUUUCCUUGCUGAAUUACAACGCCGAGUUCUUAAGGCUGAGGCUGCCCUAAGAGAAAAAGAAGAGGAGAAUGACAUCCUCCACCAACGUCUCCAGCAGUAUGAGAGUCGUUGGUCUGAAUAUGAGCUGAAAAUGAAAUCCAUGGAAGAAGUGUGGCAAAAACAAAUGAGGUCCCUACAAUCUAGCCUCUCCAUUGCAAAGAAGAGCCUAGCCAUUGAUGAUUCUGAAAGAAACUCUGAUGCAUCAGUAAAUGCAAGCGAUGACAGAGACUACAGCUCGGAUAUGGGAAGUAAUAAUAAGCAAGCUGAGAGCAAUGGUUUGAGGCCAAUGAGUACAGGUUUGAGUGUAAUAAACCGGCUGGCAGAAGAAUUUGAGCAGAGGAGUCAAGUAUUUGGUGAUGACGCCAAGUUCUUGGUGGAGGUAAAAUCUGGUCAAGUCGAUGCAAGUUUGAAUCCAGACCGCGAGCUUAGGAGGUUGAGGCAGAUGUUUGAGGCUUGGAAAAAGGAUUAUGGAGCAAGACUGCGAGAGACAAAGGUAAUUUUACAUAAGCUUGGCAAUGAAGAUGGUACUGUUGUGAAAAGAAAAUGGUGGGGAAGGAGAAACAGCUCGAGGAUGAGUUAGAUGGAUUACAGUCGUGUCAAUAUUUUUCCCUUUUGGUUUUCCAUCUUUGGAAAUCGCAACGGUAAUGUCUACAAUGCGAGGAAGCUGUCUGGGAGGAACGACUGCUCAACGAUAAUAACAGUUACUCUGUAGCGGUUUUAUUGUCCCAUAAUUUGUUGGUAGCUCUUUUAUGUUUAUGAUCACGAGUUGCAAUUGUGAAGAGUAUUGGUGUUACCAGCGAUUUGGUACAAUACAAAGCCUACUAAUUCAAUUAUGUAUAUCAAUUUGAAUAUACAUAAUGAAAUCCAAGUUCCACAUGUGUAAGCA